AUGGAAGCAGAAAUAUCCUACAUGAGUACGCCGGAGAUCGCGCAGUCCAUCAAGUCGACGCAGCUCGAACUCGCAUACGAACGCGCUCUGCGGCACGCUGAGCGCAUCUACGAGGAAGAGCGCGUGCGUGCCUUGCGCGUCCAGCUGCUGUUACUGGAGGAUGACAACGGUGAAUUACAAGAACGAGCUUUGCAGAACGAGGAUGAGAACAAUCAUCUAGAAGAGACACACGAAGAAUUGAGGGCACAGGUUUCCGACCUCGAAGCCGAGCUGCAGCAAACACAUCUGGACUUGAAAUCACGAAACCGCGACUUGGACCACCUCAAGGCCGAAGUCAAUGUCUUGAAUUCCGCCAGCGCCGAUGCCACCAAGCUUCUGUCCGAGAAGUUGGCAUUGGCCAGAGAGCUCAACACUCUAAAGCCGGAACUGGAGCAUCUCAGAUCGCAAGCGUCCACGCAACAGAAAGUCCUUGCUGAGAAACUGGCUUUACAAAGAGAGAUGAGCUCGCUGCAGGUGGAACUGGAAACAGAAAGAAGAACGGUACAACGCAUCAAAGCUCAAGAGAAGUCAGCUGCUCGUGAAGACUCUGCCUUGACCGCCGAGAUCGAGCAGCUCAGCAAAGAGCUAUCUAAAGCACAACGAGAUGCCCAGAGGAAGGAUCAAGAAAGCAACUUCGAGAUCGAGGAACUUAAGAAAGAACUGGCAAAAGCUCAACGUGACGCCCAGAAGAUUGAUCGUACCAACAAGUUGGAGAUAGAAGAGCUCAAGAAAAAACUCACCGAGGCGCAACGCAAGGCACAAGAACACGAACGGGAUGACAGUUCCGAGAUCGAAGAAUUGAGGCAGGCACUCGCCAAAACGCAACGCGAAGGACAGAAAAUCGAGCGUGAGAGCAGAAAGAAAACAGCGCAGUGGGAAAGUGAGAAGGAGAUUCUAGAAGGAAAACUUGAUGCCUUCCGUAACAAGCUUCGCACUACAAAAGAUCAACUCAAGGAGGCGCAGGAUGAGGUUGAACAGCUGCAAGCUGCUAAGAUGGCUAUGUCUGCAGAGAUGACCAAGGCGAGAUUGUCGGGGGCCACAACAGCAAAUCCUAGGAAGAGAAACAUUGCAAGGUUCGACCCCGACAUGACAAUUGGUACUCCGGGUCAGAGAGGUCCAGCUGCAAAGAAACAACGUGCGUCGGUCAAUGUCGGCGACAAGUCCACCUUCUCCAUCACACCGUUCUUGAACCGGACGAUGAGCAUCCUGCCUGAGACACCCGGUGAGGCGGAAGAUGAGCCGCGCAAGAAGCCCCAGAAAUUAAAUCAACACCAACUUGAUGGGGCAACCGAAGAUACAAGCAAUGCAUCCGAAACUGAGGAAAUCACGAACAAGCUGGGAAAGCCAGCCUCAAUUCAGAGAUCAACCGCACCGACGAUUAAGACGAAGAGGUCUCGACCACUGAAAGAGACCACCAACUCGAAGGCAAAUACCACAAUGAAGAGACCACAGUUGGCGAAGCUUAUCGAAGAGGAUUCGGAUAUGGAAAACGAGGAAGGAGAUGUCAAUGGCAAUGACAAUGGCAACAAGGAAAACGGCGAACAGCCCGAGAAAUCCAAAGAGGUCACGACGCAACAAAAGGUCCCAAAGCGAACAAAUAUCUUUGAGGAAGAAGAUGACGUGCCGGCUCCAAAGGUUAGAGCUCUUGGUCGUGGAGGCGGCGCGCUCGGAAAGAUCAGUCUCAAGGCCAAACCAAUUGGAAAAGGCAAGGCGUUGGCCGAGUUCUCGCCCCUUAAGAGGGACAGGAGGGCUGCGAGCGUUCUCUGA